GAAGGAUAUCAGGGUGGCCUGCAGUCUUGCAUUCCUGAUGGCAUUUGCACCUCCCAAAACCAUGGAUGGCCCCAAACUGCAAACCAAGAUGAGCACAUGGACACCUCUGAACCAUCAGCUUAUGAAUGACAAGGUGCUGGACUGAUAUCCUUAGGGACCGAAGUCUUCAGUUGAGCCACAGAACAAGUACAGCACAGACAGGGGCAGUGUAGGCUUCACCAAACGAUCAGUGUGCUUCAUCUUGGACCAGAGAGGGAUCAGAGUGAGAAGAGAAAGGGACUUCGAGUCCUAAGAGGCAGAGUAGAAGAAAUCCUGAUGAUAGAAUCAUAGAAAUGUGGGGCUGGAAGGAACCUCAAGAGGUAUUUGAAGAAAGAAGAGCCUUGCUUGGAAAAUGGUUUGACAAGUGGACAGAUGGUCAGAGGCGAAGGAUCCUAAUAGAUUUGUUGGAACGCUGCUCCCUGGCGCAGCAGAAAUUCUGUUCUAAGCAGUUGCAGGACCGAGUUCCAGUUGAAGCCCUGGAUUUCACCACAAAGCUUCCCAGAGUGUUGUCUUUAUACAUCUUUUCUUUCCUGGACCCCAGGAGUCUCUGUCGAUGUGCACAGGUGAGCUGGCACUGGAAGUACCUGACAGAGCUGGAUCAGCUCUGGAUGCUUAAGUGCCUGCGUUUUGGCUGGUACAUCAACUUCUCUCCGACCCCCUUUGAGCAGGGAAUCUGGAAGAAACACUACAUUGAGAUGGUGAAGGAGCUUCAUGUGACAAGGCCCAAGACCCCUCCAAAAGAUGAAUUCGUGGUCAUUGAUGUCCAGCCAAUAGCAAGAGACGUCCCAGAGACAAAACUAUCCCCUUCCUCAGUUUUCCAAUCAGCAUCUGUGCUAGGAAAGAGGACAGACAAGGAGAAAAAAGAGCUCCCACCAUGGCGGUCCUCGGAUAAACAUCCCACUGACAUUGUCCGAUUCAACUACCUAGACAACUACGAUCCCAUCGAGCAAGUGAGGCAGGCUAGAAAGAAAGGAGGAGGACUAACCCCAGACCUCAGCCGGCAAGCAUUUGAGAAAAAAAGGAAACCGAGCUGUGCAUCUUAUAAGCUUCGGAAAGCAAAAUCACUGCUGUCCUUAUCUGCAGACCUUGGCUCUAGCCCCAAAGGACCAGUUCGCCCAAGUUGGGCUACUCACCAAUCAACAGGGUACCCUGUUACCAAAGCAACAGCUAAGAUCCUAGCUCAGAGUGCCCGGUGGAAUGCUGGGAUACGGCCAGCCCCUGUUCGCGCUCCAGUACCAAAGCUGAGUGAAAGAGGGAAGAAGGCCUUUGCAAGGAUGAGCAGAAGUUCUCCAUGGACCUCUUCUGGGUCUCUGCAAUCUCCUCUGUGCCUUUCUUACGGUGAGCUGACCAACAUUAGACUCAGCUCUCAAGAUGAGAGUAGUUUGCCAUAUUCCCAUGACGCUGGAAGUACAGGCAGUAGAAUUAGGGAUAUUUGUAACAGGACCAAAUUCUACAAAAUGAGGAUUUUCUCUUUAUCCAUUCUAGCAUCCCCACUGUUUGAAGCUCAGCCCUGGCAAAUUCCUCCAUCGGACCAUGGAUCUGAUGCAGAGUAAGGGAGUGAAGGUUCAGUGCAAUUCAUCCCAGUCAAACCGGCUCAUCUGCCCAGCUUUCAGAAGAUGCCGAUCACAUCCCUGAGUUACCGUGAAGAACGGAUGUUACUGACAUUUAAGAAUCACGCUCAAAGUCUCAAGGAUCCAGCUCCAUUUUUUUAUAUUACUUGUCACAAUAAGAGACUUCCUCCCCACCCUCAUUGAACUCACUAUACAAUGGCUAUAAAAUCACUAUACAAUG